GGCAGGAUGUUGUGCUCUUGUAUACUUGGGACCUUCCGCUACUGCGUAAGUGCACCGCCGUCAGCUGAGCGGCCCGCGCGAGAAAAAGCGAAAGCUCGCGAGCGACGCGUUCCUCUCGGUGAAUCAGCCCGAGGGGCCCGGUGUGCUCGGACGGCACUCACGCGGCGGGAGACCGCCUGGCAACGAAGGAUCGUUCUUCGGGCACGCAAGCAGAGGGCGAAAGAGAGAAGACUCCGUGUCUCGGGAAAGAAAUAACGAGGAGAGGACGAACAGCAAAAGAAGGGAGUGCGAAACAAGCGCGGACGGCGGCGGUCUUGACAGAUAACGGCACGCGCGCGGCGAGGAGAAGCUAUAACAGCGGUAGAAGCAGCAUCAGCAGCCAAUGCACCAAGGAAGAACGAUAAGCUAACCGGCACCACCAAAGAUGCACGAAGGCACCAGAGGAGAUGCUACAGUGCGAAGCAAGCCAGAAAAGAACGACUGAAUCCGACUGAACUAUACGUCUCGACGACGGCUUCUAUACGCCUUUUUUUUUUUUUUUCCUCCUGUAUGGAGCGUCAGCCGGGCUCGUCGACCUGUGACGGCCUUUUUAUCUGGGCUUCACCACUCCGUCGUUCGUUGCAGCCUUCAACAACGGCCGAGGUGAUUGCGCGAUACUCCUUUGCGAAGAUCAGAAGGUGAAAUGACUGCGUCUUGGAGUACGUCGUGAGAAAAUAAGGAAAAGAAGAAAAAAAAACGAAACAGAGAAGUUACUACAGCCGACAGCCUGAAACGCAAGACUUGCGAGCAGCGAAAGUCACGAAGUUUCACACGAUGGCGAAAAUUAACCUGCGGGAGUUGCCAAUGAAGGCGCACUACUUCUUUUACUACGGCGCCCUUUCUGGCUUCCUGCCCUUUAUCGGCGUCCUGAUCAAGGACCGUGGAGUGUCUGCCGUCGAAGUGGGCCUUAUCUUCACCGUGGCACCCUUCUUCUCUGCGGCUUCAAAACCAAUCUUCGGCGCUAUCGUCGACCACUCGAAGCAGAUCAAGGUCGUCAUCCUCUCCUUCCUUCUCUGCAUAUUGGCAACGUUCGCCGCGAUAAACUUCCUCCCGGCCCUCGCUGACAGGAUUACAGAAGGCGAAGGUUCCACUCACAACCUGUCAAUAUCUGUCCCAACCGAAGACAUUACGAGUAGAUCUCGUGUAAUAUCCCUGCCAGAGCUAAAUUUGACGCGGCCAGUUCAACAAGACCUCUCUUGUAACUCGUCCUGCGUCCAUGAAGGUAAUCAAUCUGCGAACAGCGUGCAGCCCGAAAAUGUACGAGUACAUGCGAACGACAGCGAAACAAACAUCACACUAAGCUUCCCUCUCAAGGAAAUUGAAAAUGUCUCUGGAGCUUGUACCAUUUUUUGUCCUUUGACGGACCGCGAUUCAAAAGCUGUUUCAGGGUCUGUGUUCGCGACGGCGGUGUUCUGGUUGUACUGCAUCUUCGUGACGGUCAACUACGCGGCCAUCGGCUGCGCAAACUCUCUUACGGACACCGGCUGCUUCGAGCUCCUCGAAAGCGAAGGCGUUGACUCCAAAAGUCGAUUCGGCUUGCACAGGUUGUGGGGUACAGUGGGAUGGGGCAUAUUCGCCGCCGGAAGCGGAUACCUCAUCGAUGGCCUCAAGGGAAUCAGCGGCGCAUCGUCGCCCACGGACUAUUCGGCAGGCUUCUACUUGGCUGCCGCACUGAUGUUAGUUGAUGCCAUGUGCGUCUGCAUCUGCGACAUCAGGAAAAGUAAGAGCACCGAAAACAUUGCCAAGGAUGUGUUCCGGCUUAUCUACAAGGACAGCCGCGUAUGGUUUCUCCUUCUGGACGCCACCAUCGGCGGAGUGUUUGUGGGCAUCGUGUGGCAGUACCACUUCUGGUACCUGGACAACCUUGGUGCCUCCUCGGCGCUGAUGGGUGCUUCUGUGGCGGUGCGGAGCUUGGCCGAACUUCCGGUCUUUGUGUGCGCAGGUUGGGCCAUUGGAAAGACAGGACACGUGUUCAUUCUGCGCGCUGCUCUUGUCUCGAUGGCGGUCUCCUUCGCACUGUACUCGAUUAUCAUUAACCCUUGGGUGACCCUUCCCGUGGAGCUACUGCUCGGCCUGGCGCUGGGAGCCUUCUUCACGGCCAUUCCUUCUUACGCCGAAGAAGUGGCGCCGCCUGGAACCGAGGCCACAACCAUGGGACUCGUUAUGGGCUUCUUCGAAGGCAUCGGGACUGCGCUAGGUGGCAUGGUGGGUGGUGCUGGCUUCGAGUGGUUGGGCAGUGCUUCCACAUUCCAGCUGGUAGCGGUGGCCGGCUUCGCCUGGUGCGUGCUGGCAUACGCUCUGGACGCUUCGUUCGCCUACCUCGCCGGAGCAGGCAGGCGCGGCCCCCAGCAACAGCCAGGAGAAGAGCUGCUGCCCCUCCGUCGGAACUCGAUUCCAGCAGUGGUGCUGUGUCAGCGCAAAAGAGAACAUACGUCUACACUUCCGUCCAAACGAACCUCUGACACUGACGCCAAAUGCUCGGAAUGAUCGGCGAUCGUUUUGCAAAGGGCGAUAUACAUGCCCCAUGCACAAAAAGAAAGAGCCGUAGCGUUCCCAUGUCGUCGACGAACGACGAUGUGUGCUAUGGCGCAGGCAUAGACGGCAUUGCCCAUAUUCUUGAUCAAUGGUUAGAGCCAGACAAGGGCAAUGCGCCACCCCCCGCCCAUCAUGGCCCUGUUGGACAAAAUCCCUGUGGCGAUCUUGCAGGUCUACAGGCUGCUGGAUUUUUUUUUUUUUUUUUUACACAGCUAUAACAACGACGAUGGGUAAACGAGGCACAGUUUUGGAAUUGCGGAAACUCGCAAACUCUGUGAACUUGGGAGAUAUGCCACGUCGUACUCUGCGAAUCUCAGUUUCAAUCAAAAUUCCUUCAUUCACACUGAACCGUAUGCAACUGGGUGUGCUGUAUAUUGGAUGGACAUAUACCGUCACUUUCAGCUCAAUUAUGCAGUACGGCCCUGUUUGCUCUAUCUGUAUGUGCCUUCAAUUAAGCCACACCACGUUACGAAGUAACACCAUCUUCACAGGCGACGAUUCCACACCUCUCUAAAAAAAAAAAAAAAAAAGUCAGAGAGAGAAAGAAACAUGCAACUAGUACCGACAAAUAUAUUGAUGUGUGAGGGAAUCAACAUCAACUGUAUAUUCGCGGGCUGUCCUAGGCCGCCCGCGAUAGACAACCUUGAAAGGGAGCAAUGCUUCGCCACCUUGUUCGUCACGGCAGGUGCAGAAAAUGCCAGCAACCCGAGAAAAAGCUUAUCUUGAGAGUACUUAAGGUAAGCCCUGCCGCGGCAAUAUUUAUUUGCAGCUUUAUUAUAGAUAGGAUCAUAAAAAUAGAUAAGCGGACCAGCUAGGUGUUCGGUUGUUGUGCAGAGAAGAGGAACGUAACUCGCUGGCUAGCAUUUCUCCCAUGCAUGUGCCAACUAUUAGCAGCUUGAGACGAGGUCGUCUGGUCGUAAUCGAUCUUUGCACAGCAUGAGAACCUAUCUAGUUCUGGAGACAGCAGUAGUAUCUGCUCAGUCACCUUACUCAGCGUGCAGAUCGCAGAAGUUGGGCGAUUAUUUUUCGAUCCCGCUUAACAUCUUUUGUGUCCUUUCUUAUUCUAUUUUUGUAACUAUUUUGUUUCCUUUCGUUUAAAACUGAUCACAAAAUAUUUGUAUUUAAUGUGUGCUCAACCGCAAACAUUGUUUUUAUCCACAUGUUGGGUCUUCAGAG